AUGUAUGGAAUCAAAAAGCCCAAAGUUUCUGGCCCAAAGAGUUCAGGUGAAGCUACGCAAUUAAUGCGGCGUAAUCACAGAAAACGCUCACCAACAACUAUACCACCAUCAAUAUGUAAAUCAAAAAAGAAGCUUAUGAAAAAACCUUCAUUAUCUUCAGAAAGCGAAAGUGACAGCGUGAGUAGUGGUGAUGAAUGGGUGCCGGAAUCGCUAAAACGCCAUGCUCGAAGUGGUCCAAAUCAUGAAGCAUUCUCUAAAGGAAUAACAGCUGUAAAACCAGAUGGUUGUGAAUACCGUGUCAAAAACUAUGGAAUGACGGAGGUUACACGUUUUAAAGGAAGCCGAUAUCCUAAACGAGAGAAAGAAAAGCCAAACUAUGCUGUAGGCACGCUAAAUUUGGAAGAUGACAGAUUUCUCUAUUGUUACACUUGCAAGCGUCCUGUCCUCGAUGGCUGCUUUAAGCAUCCUAUCAACUGGAUGGAAAACAUUCCGUUAAAUGUUUGUCAGGAAGUCAAGGAGAAGUUUGCAUACUGUCAAACUUCAAAAUGUGUUUGUGGAGAACCGUUUUACAUGCACGCAGCUAAAACUGCUCCAAAGGAAUGGAUCAUAAUUGGCAGAUCUCGAAUUCUUGGAGGAGGUUUCGGUGCGUUUGCGAACGCCGAUAUAAAGUGUGGAUGGAUGUUUGGUCCUUACAUUGGGCAGAUCGCAUAUAUACAUGAAAUGAGUGAUGAAGAACAUACCAAAAGGUCCCGAGGUGGAUAUGCUUGGCUUGUCAGAGCCAAUAUUGAUGGGAUCAAAGCUCACUUGGUAGAUGCCCGAAAUGCUUUAAAUUCAAAUUGGUUAAGAUUUGUUAACUGUGCCAGAUUUGAAGAAGAGCAAAAUCUCGUUGCGGUUCAGUACAGAGGAAAAAUUUACUACAGAGCGUGCAAAGAUAUUUCAAAAUCUGAAGAACUUUUAACAUACUAUGGAAAGGGGUUUGCUUCUGAACUGAAAAGUGAUAUUCACCUUAUACCACAGAUAUAUUCUGUAUCAAAAGGUAAUGAAAAAAGUGUUGCUUCAUAUUAUUUGAGUUCAGUUAUAGAAAGUUUACUUGGAAAAAAGUGUUGA